CUACAACAUUUCUUUGAAGAAACCUUCAUAAUGAGCUAUAACAUUUUCCCUUUGGGAUUAAUAAAGUAUUUUUGAAUUGAAUUGAAUUUUAUGUAGCUGCCAAUCCCCCAACUCCUUCUCCCAUCUAUGCAAAGACGCAGCAGCAUCUCAGCACCACCUUCUUAUUUUCCGAAGAAUACAACCAGCUGCAACUUUUGUCGCUGCGCAGCUGCCGCGGAUCCUCCUCACACAAGCAAGCUAGGUUCAUUUUGAGCCAAGCCAGGCGGCUGGAUGAUGUCACAUCCGUGGAGUAGGGUGCUGUGAACGAUCAACUCGGAUUUUCGCCGCAUGCGUGCCCACAAACUUUUUCCCUGCUCCUGGAUGCAAGGUUUCUCACCGUUCGGCCGGAUGGCAUGCGUGAUGGGCACGAGUGAAUGGACGUGCCGCCCUCCUCCUGCUUCACUGGAAGUCUCGUUUUUUCCCACAGAGUAGUGGACUCGGCGGUCACGGCGCACGGAUAUAAAAAGGGACAAAACUUAAGAUUUUUGUAAUCUAGGAGUUGUUGAGGUGAAGGUGGAGCAUAAUGUGGUCGCUGUCCGUGGUUCUUAACCCACUGCUGUUUCUGCUGCUGUUCGGAUACUGCCCUACUGUGACCAUCAGACCAAAGGAGGGUUGGCAGGUGUACAGCUCAGCUCAGGAUGCAGAUGGGCGCUGUAUCUGCACAGUGGUGGCACCUGAACAGAAUCUCUGCUCCAGAGAUGCCAAAGGCAGACAGCUCCGCCAGCUCCUGGAAAAGGUACAGAACAUGUCACAGUCAAUCGAGGUGUUGAACCUGCGGACGCAGAGAGACUUUCAGUACAUCAUGAGGAUGGAAAGCCAGAUCAAAGGGCUGCGGUCAAAGUUCCGGCAGAUCGAGUCGGACAGGAAGACCCUCGUCAACACAAACUUUCAGGAGCUGAAGGGCAAGAUGGAAUCCUUGCAGCCACUGAUCCCUGUCCUGGAGCAGUACAAGACGGAUGCCAAGUUAAUCUCUCAGUUCAAAGAAGAGAUCAAAAACCUGUCCAGUGUGUUAAUGGGCAUCCAGGAGGAGAUGGGAGCCUAUGACUAUGAUGAGCUACAGCAGAGGGUCCUGAACUUGGAAAACAGGCUUCACAGCUGCAUGAACAAACUCACAUGUGGCAAGCUGAUGAAGAUCACUGGGCCGCAGACAGUGAAGACUUCAGGGACCAGAUUUGGAGCUUGGAUGACUGAUCCAGUGGCUUCUCCAAAGAACAACAGGGUUUGGUACAUGGACAGCUACACCAACAAUAAGAUAGUAAAAGAAUACAAAUCCAUCAGUGACUUUGUGGCAGGAGUUGAAUCCAGAACCUACAACCUGCCUUUUAAAUGGGCCGGAACCAACCAUGUGGUGUACAACGGAUCUCUGUACUACAACAAGAUGCAAAGCAACAUCAUUGUCAGGUACAGCUUUGAGACAGGCCGUGUCAUAACCCAGAGGGCGCUGGAGUCAGCGGGCUUCCAUAACGUGUACCCGUACACAUGGGGAGGCUUCUCAGACAUCGACCUCAUGACGGAUGAGCUGGGCCUGUGGGCCGUGUACGCGACCAAUCAGAAUGCGGGGAACAUCGUCAUCAGCCGGCUGAACCCAGACACCCUUCAGAUCCUCAACACGUGGAACACGGAAUACUCCAAGAGAAAUGCGGGCGAGUCUUUUAUGAUCUGUGGGACUCUCUACAUCACCAACUCCCACCUGACUGGCGCCAAGGUGUACUACGCCUACUCCACCAAAACGUCCACGUACGAGUACACAGACAUUCCCUUUCAUAACCAGUACUUCCACAUGUCCAUGCUGGACUACAACGCAAGGGACCGGGCCCUUUACGGCUGGAAUAACGGCCACCAGGUCUUGUUUAACGUUACACUUUUCCACAUUAUUAAAACUGAGGAUGACUCUUAAAGACACUCUGCGAGUCAGAGAAAAAAAGACAGCAUAAAAAACUGGAAGGUUGUGCCUAAAAAAUAUUAAGAUUAAUUCAUUCAACUUUUAAUUUAUUUUAUUUUCCCCAGUUUCUAACUUUUUUAGUUUUGCCUUUAUUCACUGCCAUCAGCUUACUUCUUUGAAUAUUAAACUUUAAUUUAUUGUUGUACACUGAUUUUCUAAUUAAUAUUUAUUAUACUGAUAAAAUGAAGAACAGUUCUUUAAAAAUGUAAUUUUUAGACACCUAAAGUAUACUUUGAGUAGUUUUUGUGAGUAGUUUCUGUGUCUUUUUCUCCUUAGCAAAAUUAAAGCUUUUUAAAAAAAAAUAACUCUUCUUAUUAAUAAUUACUCUCUCGUGCAGUAAGUCCACUUAUUCAUCCUUGCUAAUUUAAUCAAAUUUUGGUCUGUGAUCAUUAAUUGUUUCUAUUUAAUUGUUGCCAUUAAUUCAUUAUGUUAAUAUAAAUUAUUCCUAAUUUUCACUGCCUGCGGUUAGCUUUGUAUUUUUUCCCAUCUCAGCUUAUGCACUUGACCUCGUGACAAGACAAUAAGGAAAUGUGGGGAGGGACCAUAAUGCCCCUGUACAGUAAAUGUACUUGGCUGUUUUUGUGUUUAUGUGGGGAUUACGUGGCCAUCAUGGUCACUGGAUAUCUUGAAGUACCAAGUCAAGUACUUUGCGAACAUUAAUAUCUAACUGCCUUUAACUUAGUACUCUGAGAUAUUGUAGCUUUUUUGUAACUUUAGCAGCAAGUUGUAUGCCUUAUUCUGUGUAGUAUGUUCUGUAAGCCAAAGGAUAACAUUUCUUGUGCAUGAAUGUUGGCUAUCCUGAAGGCAUUUUACUGUAUUUGUGUGUAUUUUGUAUUUGCACAACAUUGCAUUUUCCUCCAAUGAAGCUAUACUUGUCAUGAUCCAUUUUACACACUGCAGUAGUUCAGUUUAUUAUGUAUUUGUUGUGUAAAUAAGAUGGUGUCCAUAAGCAAAUAAAAAUAUUGUUUUCCGUA